AGGAAACAAAAAUCAAUUGUUUGGAAGCUGAAAUCUAAAGAAUUGAAACAAAGAAGAAACGCAGAAGAAAAGGAGCGAUUAGCCGACCCAUUGCGAUCCGACCCGUCACCGGAGUCCAAUUCCAGUCAGAAGCUCGUGGAUUCCGUCAAUGGAGGACGGCUACAUUCAUAGCGACAUCAAUGUCGAAGCCUCCAAAGCCGACCGAUCGGUGUGGCUCAUGAAGUGCCCUCCCGUUGUCUCCAAAGCCUGGCAGUCCUCUGCCGCUUCCGCCUCCGCCGACUCGCCGCCCGUCUCCAAAGUCGUCGUUUCUCUCGAUCUCCUCCAGCCGGAUGACUCCUCUGCCCUCCAAUUUACUAUGGAGAUGGCUGGGAGUGAGAUUCUGAAUAUACCAAAGAGCUACUCUCUCAACAUGUCCAAAGAUUUCGUUCCCAUGGGAAUUUUCUCCGAGUCGAAUCAAGGAAGAGUUGCAGUGGACGGAAAAGUGGAGCAUAAAUUUGAUAUGAAACCCCACCAUGCAAACAUUGAAGAGUACAGAAAAAUGUGUCGGGAAAGGACAAAUAAGUCCAUGGUUAAGAACAGACAAAUCCAGGUACUCAAUAAUGAUCGUGGCGUACACAUGAGACCAAUGCCCGGAAUGAUGGGAUUCAUUACGUCGAAUUCUAAAGAUAAGAAAAAGGCAGCUCCAGUUAAGGGGGCUGAUAUGAAAAGAACUAGAAGGGAUCGCGGGGAGCUGGAAGAUAUCAUGUUCAAGCUUUUUGAGAGGCAACCUAAUUGGACGCUCAAACAGCUGGUUCAAGAAACUGAUCAACCCCCUCAAUUUUUGAAGGAGAUAUUAAAUGAGCUCUGCGUGUACAAUAAAAGAGGAACAAACCAAGGUACUUAUGAGCUCAAGCCAGAGUAUAAGAAAUCUGUUGAGGAUACAGAUGCUGGACCAUGACUUGGCAUUGUCUGUGUACAUUAGAUUACAAUGAAGAGAUACUCUGUUUUGUAAGAAAACAUGCCCCAUUAUUUUUUCCCGUACAUCUCUUUUAGAUGCGGAUAUGUGUCUAGAUCUACUAUCGUCAUAGAAAUAUAAAUGGAUGGGAUUAAUACCACAAGGCAAAAUGCCCUGCUGUUUGUGGAUUAAGUUGUGUAGUAUUUACAAAUUUUCAUUGGGCCAUUAGUAGAUUAUGUCCAAUUUCUGUUUUCUCUUCCA